CAUACAUCUAAGUGCGAACAAAGACAUUUAUCUUUUUGUAUUAAAAAGUGGAACUAAUUUAAAUAAAAUUGGAUUUAGAGCAUCACCGAUAUGAAAGUGUUAUACAUUUUGGUUUUUAUUUUGUGUUUAACAGUCUGAGUUAUUGAGUGUUGUGGACAAUAUUAGCAGUUUCUAUAUAUAUCGGAAAGAAACAUAUUCAUUGCAGUAUUAGCCAGCUCAUGGAAACUCCAAAAAUAACUUAAAAUUUAAAGGAAACGGAAGCCAUAAUAAAAUAUAACAAGGACAAAAAUCAACAAUAAGUAAAUAAAAUCUAUUCAUCAACAAACAAGCAACAACAAACUGAACUGCAGUAAAAUUUGCUAGUACUUUCAUAUUAAAAAAAAACAAAAUCAAGAAAAUUUAUUCAUUUUAAAUCUAACUGAAAUUAUGGGUGUUUACCAAGUUAUGUUAAAUAGUGCAUGCUGAAAUAAACAUUUCUGUUUCCUGUAGUAGUUGUUGUGUCUUAUAGAAGGACAAGGACUUUUCUAAAAUUGUAACAGAAUAUUAAUUUAGUUAAAAUUCAAAGAAAACCAAAAAAAGAAAAGUUUUUUUAUUUUGUCAUGUUAAAUAGUGGUAGCAACAGCAUGGAAACACUAACCACUACAACAGCAAGUUCCUUUAUAACAACCAAAGCCACGAUUGCAGUGUCAGCAUCAUCAGCAACAGCAGGAGUGGAAGAACAAACAGAAGCUAAUGAAACCCCACCAGAUCCUUUUGAAAUUUUGCGCAACGAGUGUUAUGAACGUCUUAAUCAAACUGCGACAGCUGCAGCGACAACGGGGACAAAUUUUGUAACAGAUAAAUUUUGUCCGGGCACUUUUGAUGGCUGGCUCUGUUGGCCGGAUACUCCUGCUGGUACAUCUGCUUAUGAACGUUGUCCUGAAUUUAUAACUGGUUUUGAUCCAUUAAGAUACGCCCACAAGGAGUGCGAUGCAAAUGGUGAAUGGUUUAAACAUCCGUUAACAAAUAAAACCUGGUCAAAUUAUACAACGUGUGUGAAUUUAGAUGACUUAAAUUGGAAACAUAAUAUAAAUCUUAUAUAUGAAGUUGGCUAUGGCAUCUCAUUGGUAGCCAUCUUAUUAUCCUUAGCCAUUUUGGGUUAUUUUAAAUCCUUGAAAUGUGCUCGUAUAACGUUGCAUAUGAAUCUUUUUACAUCCUUCGCUGCCAAUAACUCCUUAUGGUUGGUGUGGUAUUUGGUUGUGCUACCGGACGGAGAACUGCUGCAACAAAAUCCGCCUAUAUGUGUAGUUUUACAUGUAAUUUUACAUUAUUUUCUUCUAACCAACUAUUCCUGGAUGCUGUGUGAAGGUUUCUAUUUACAUACAGUUCUGGUGUCAGCCUUUAUAUCAGAGAAGAAACUAGUUAAAUGGUUGAUAGCAUUUGGUUGGGGCUCACCAGCUGUUGUCAUAUUUGUUUAUGGUUUGGCGCGUGGUUUGAUUGGUUCGGCCACUGAUAAUGCCCACUGUUGGAUGAAUCAAACAAAAUUUGAAAAUAUUUUGGUUGUACCUGUUUGCAUUUCAAUGUUCCUUAAUCUACUCUUCCUGUGCAAUAUUGUUCGUGUUGUUUUAUUAAAGAUGAAAGCACCCGCCAGUCUACAAAACAGUUGUGGCCCAUCACGUACAGUGCUCCAGGCAUUUCGUGCCACAUUGCUGCUGGUGCCAUUACUGGGUUUGCAAUAUAUUUUAACACCCUUUCGUCCCGAUCCCAAUCAUCCUUGGGAACAUACUUAUGAAGUAAUAUCUGCAUUUACUGCUUCAUUUCAGGGUCUCUGUGUGGCCACUUUCUUUUGUUUCUUUAACGGCGAAGUGAUCGCUCAGAUGAAGCGUAAAUGGCGUACGACAUUUUUAAGUAAUCGGCCGCGAGCAAAUUCCUACACAGCCACUCAGGUCUCGUUCGUACGCUGUGGACCCGCAAUGCCCGGUGAAGAGAAAGUAUGACUAAAAGAGUUGUCGUCAGUGGUUACGCGAAGAGCGUCUAGUGCUGUUACAUCAGCAACAUCUUCAUCUACACGCCAUCACCAUCAUCAUCAUCAACAACAGCAACGCCAACGAUCCCAUAGCACAGCACAAGCAUCAGCGCAUCAACAGCAACAUCAUCAUCAACAUCAAGCAACAUCUCAUUAUAGUCGUGGUACGAUGGGUUUUUUAAGUGGCUUAAGGAAAGCUCAUUUAUUACGACGCAAAACAUUAGAUUCGACAAAUUCACGCAUUACCCAACCGUUAAUGGAGGAAACACAAAGGACAUCAAUAACAAUGCAACCAACUGAGCAAAAUGCAAGCGACUGUUGUCUAAUGGUAACAACAGCAACAACAGAUGUGUCCGAUGACAGAGAUGAAAUACAACAAAUUGUUGAUAUUAACUCUACUAGCAAUAAUGCCAUAGCGACGACAACAACAGAAACAACAACAACAACAAUACCACCAGCAUAUGAAAAAAUUUUACAACAUACAACGACAGCAUUAGUUGCGAUUACAGCAACAUCCUCUAUAAAUUCAACUGUAACUGCAGCAGCACCACUACCAAUAACUACCACCAGCAUAAUUAACCCUUUAGGUACAUUACCAAUAAUCCUGGAAACUAGUACGAGUAGUAUGUGCGAUAAAACAAAUGUUCCAAACACUAGUUGUACAACAACACCGUCUAUUGCAUCAAUUGAACCCACCAGCAGUUUGAUCGAAAUAGCCACCACUAAUUCCACCUUCAACACAAAUAACAAUUCAAAUCCGCAUGACUACAAAUUAGUCGAUGAGGCACUUUAAAUUUAAAACACUAUGUUUACGUUGGGCCAAAAUAAAUAGGAACCUGUUUAAGUUCCUCGAUUUAUUGGUUUUUAUUUUGCUUUACAAAAAUAUGAAAAAAUACGAAUUUAACUGAAAUAUUUGUUUAUAAUUUUGCAGAAACAUAAAAGUGGGUUUUCCAAGUGUAAAUACUGGAUCAAGUUAAUUUAAGUUAUUUUAUAUGUAAACAGUGUGACAGAAAAUAGUUAGAACAAAUAAACAGCAAGUAAGAAAGCAAUAUAAUAGACAGAUUUUACCAACAAUUAUAUUUUUACGCCUUUAAAACUUCUCAAUUAUGACAUUUAGUUAUAGGACUCCAUAUCUUGAAAACCAGAUUAUAUUAUUUUAAAUGAUUCUUUCAAUCUAAGGUUAAGUUAGUUUGAUAGGAUGAUGUAUACUGUAUUAAAUCCGAGGAAAUAUAUGUGCCUAGACAACUAUCGGGAGUGCACAUUUUUAUGGAAAAUAAUUGUUGGUUAAGACAAAAUCUUAAUAUCGUAUUCACGGUGUGUAUUAUCAUCCGAUAUUCAGAAACGCAGUUUCUAUAAUAUCACUCCCUAGAUAUUUGAAUCUAAUUUCGAUAUAAGCCUGACAAUGGCAAAGUACUUUAGCACUUUCUUUCACUGUAGUCAUGUGUGUCACUCAUCAUACCAACCUCAGACUUGCUUCUCGUACUGCUCUCGUUAGUUUUACCGGUGGUUCCACCCACCGUUUCAAGAGGCCUUAUAGAAUUCUCUCACCCAUAUUUUGAAUUCAUCCCUCGUUACAAGUACAUUCGCUUUUUGUUGCCGACUACUCCCGAGCGGCAUGGUACCCAUGUGAAGUGUACCUUGCAUCUGGGAGAGUAUUCGCUUAAGAAUUUCUUACAAUCCAAUAGGUCCUAGAUUUAACUUUAUCGCCUGAUAUCGUCCUAAUUGCCAAUUUAGAGCCAUUCGUGUAGAUUUUUACGCGUAUUUUCUGUAAUAUUCCGCUUGACUAUGACAUUCUAACUGGGAUCAGUGUCCGGUAUACGAUCGAUCAUGUUUAAUGAUUAUGUAUAGCCUUCUAAUGUGUCCAGUAAACAUUGUUGACGUGUCCUAUAACUGAUUUUGGUCAAUUCGCCUAAAGUUAUGAGCCGCCUUAUAUCUUAUAUAUGUUUCAUUUGGUGGAAUAUCUAGCAGAGCCGUGGUUGAUGUACUGCUCAUGGCACCACUAAUACCCAAGCAGCAUGUACGCUGUACUCCCUGUAGCAGUAUGAUAUUACACUUUUUGCCAAAAGAAGACUACCAGAUAGAUUUCCGUCUUCGUCGCUUUCAGAUUGAGGCCUCACGGUUGAGUCCAGCCUUUCUACACAAAUAUUUUGGAUCCUUUACCCUUAGAAGUAUUACGACAUCGUCUGCAUAGCAGGCAGGUUUGACCUCUUUCUCUGUUAGGGUCCGUAGGAGGCUAUUAAUCGUGGUUACCCAGAGUUAAGGGGACAAAAUGCCACCAUGUGGUGUACCGUAAAAUAUCCUUUUCCUGUUAUAUCGUACAUUUCGUAGUUUAUCCAUCCGGGUGCUCCGUAACAGGUCAACAUAAAACUUGUCUAAGUAUUGGAUUAGAGUAUAACGUGCACACUUUAUUGAAGGCGGCUUCGGUGUCAAUGCAUACCACCACUGUAUACAGUUUGCUAUCGAGGGAUUCAUCUAUAUAGAGGGCGGCUUCAUUCAACUCAGUUUCCUCCGAUUGUCCCUUUACACAAGCAUACUGCUUUUAUUUUAGGUCUUUAUCUGGUAUUCUGCUUUUAACCAUGCUUACGACUAUAUGUACAAAGGUUUUAAGUAGGAUAUACGAAGACUUAUCGGUUGAUGGGACUUUGGUGUAUAGGUUUUCCGGUUUUGGACCUAAAUAUUACCCUUGCAUCCUGCCAAAUAAUGGGGUUAUAUACGAAUUUGCAGCAUGCAGAUAAACUAUCGUUCAAGUUUAAUUAUAUUUGAAAGUGGUUCUUAUAUAGAUCAAUAACGAGCCGAUUAUCGAAAAACAUAUUACUAAAAUUUUUAAUAGAUUUUAAUAUUUGAAAGUGUUUACCGAAUAAUUUAUAUAGGCAAACAUACAAUAAUAAAAGUCUAUAGAGUUUAGUCUAUAAUUGGUCCACAAUGAAAAUCAGUAGAAUAAUAAUCCAAGCCAUAGAGCCGAAAAUCUCUUUAAAAACCUUUGGCUGAUGUUGGGUCUCGUAUGGUCGGCCUCAAAUGACUAUAACUUUGUACUUAUUUGCAUAACGAUUGCAAAGAAAGGAAUAUUUAACCGAUUAUUGAAAAAGUUAUAAAAAGACAAAAAAAUCUUAUCUGAAUAUCAGGUAUGGGGGGUAAUGAUUACACAAAGUAAUUUAUUACAUGGUCAAUUACAAUUACUUGUAAUGUGUAAUUCAGUAAUAACCAAUUACAAAUAGUUGUACUUACAAAUACUUGUAAUUGUAACUGAAAUG